AUGAUGCCUCAACCAGCUGGAUUAACAACGCCUCCAAGUGCACGUGGAAAUACAAGUCCAGUAAAUAACAAUACGAGUGGUAACGAAGCGCCGUCGCAGUCAUCUGCUAACAAUCCGAACGUUUUACCUCCUGGCUAUCCAAUGGGUGAUGGGAGUGAUUAUGUUCGUACACCUCAUCCGGCCCAUACAAUGAUGCGUCGAUUUCCAUCUCAAGAUGAUUUUUUGCCUUGUCCAUCUCCGAUCCCAAUGCCGAGUGGUAACAGUGGAAUGUUCAUGGGACCAAUGCCGCCGCAUCAUUCAUCACCCAUGUUUCAUGGUCCUCCAAUGAGAAUGCGUGGAAUGCCUGCGCAUAUGCAACAUAUGAUGGGUAGACAGUUACAUCCACCUACAUAUCUGUCACCGUAUAUGACACCUCAUCAUCCAACAGCUGAAAUAUGUGGAAUAUGUCGAAAAGAAACAGGUGUUGAUGAUAAUGCAAUAUUAUGUGAAAGUGGUUGCAACAGUUUCUAUCAUGGAUCAUGUGUAGGAUUGACACAGGAAGCUGUUCGAUUUGUUAAAAAUGAAACAUUUGCUGAAUGGGUCUGCGAUAAUUGCCAUGUGACCAAAAAAAUUCCACCUGUAAAACUUAAAUCUUAG